AUGGAGGAACAAAAGCAUUCCGACAACUUGAAGAAGGUCCAUGUUGGCCCCCAGCCCUUCAUUCCUGAAUCUGAUGCUCCGCUGAGACCCUCCGUGGCGGACGCAACUUUUGAACUGGGAGCUACGUGGAUCCACGGCUCGAAUGGAAACCCCGUCUAUCAUCUAGCAGAAGAUAAUGGCCUACUCGAAGAGACGACCGAGGAUGAGCGGAGCAUGGGUCGCAUCAGCCUCUACUCCAGGAAUGGGGUGGCCUAUCACCUCACGAGCAGCGGGCAAAGGAUCCCGAAAGACUUGGUUGAAGAUUUCAGUGAUUUAUACAACGAGGUCUAUAACCUGACUCAGGAGUUUUUCCAGAAUGGUAAACCAGUCAAUGCCGACAGCAAGAAUAGCGUGGGGAUCUUCACGCGAGAUGUCGUGCGUAAACGCAUCGAGGCCGAUCAAGACGACCCGGAGACGAUCAAGAAGCUGAAGCUCGCCAUGAUCCAGCAAUACCUGAAAGUGGAAAGUUGUGAGAGCAGCUCUCACAGCAUGGAUGAAGUCUCUCUCAGCGAAUUUGGGGAGUGGACCGAGAUCCCUGGAGCCCAUCACAUCAUCCCUUGCGGCUUCAUGAAGAUUGUGGAGAUCCUCUCCCGCGCCAUCCCAGAGACGGUCAUCCACCUGAACAAGCCGGUCAAAUGCAUCCACUGGAACCAGUCCAUCAGCAAGGAGAUCGAGCGAGUGGCCGACCACAACGAGGAGCACCUGGAGGAGAACGCGGGGUACAGCGUCCUGGUGGAGUGCGAAGACUGCGAGUUCAUCUUGGCGGACCACGUCAUUGUGACCGUCUCUUUGGGGGUCCUGAAGAAGCGCCACGAGGAGAUGUUCUACCCGUCGUUGCCCGACGAGAAAGUGCUGGCCAUUCAGAAGCUGGGCAUCAGCACCACCGAUAAGAUCUUCCUGGAAUUUGAGGCCCCCUUCUGGAGCCCCGAAUGCAACAGCAUUCAGUUCGUUUGGGAAGAUGAAGCGGAAGCUGAGAGCCUCACCUAUCCGGAGGAGCUGUGGUACAAGAAGAUCUGCAGCUUUGAUGUCCUCUACCCGCCAGAGCGUUACGGCCACGUCUUGAGUGGCUGGAUCUGCGGCGAGGAGGCCCUCAUCAUGGAGAAGUACGACGACGAAACGGUCGCCGAGAUCUGUACGGAGAUGCUCCGCAAAUUUACAGGGAAUCCAGACAUUCCGAAACCUCGGCGGAUCCUUCGAUCCUCUUGGGGUAGCAACCCUUAUUUCCGUGGCUCUUACUCCUACACACAAGUUGGGUCGAGCGGAGCAGAUGUGGAGAAACUUGCGAAACCCUUGCCUUACACAGAGAGUUCCAAAACAGUGCCUAAGCAGGUGAUGUUUUCGGGCGAGGCGACGCACAGGAAGUACUACUCCACUACCCAUGGUGCUUUGCUGUCGGGUCAGAGAGAGGCGGCUCAUCUGACCGAAAUGUACCAAGACCUUCUGUCCUGCAAGACUUGAGAUGCCGGGACCCACAGAAGACCUUUUAAACUUUUCAUUCCUUUUCCUGUUGUGCAACUAAACCAAACUUUCCUUUUUCUUUCCUUCCUUCCUUCUUUCCUUCUUUUUUUUAUUUUAAAAAAAACGCGCUGAUCCUAAGAACAUUUUUAUCUUUUUAUAUGACACCAAAAUAAAUAAGUCUUUGCUAUUUUAACCCCUAGUUGGUGGACCGUAGUUAGUUUUCACGUACUAUAUUGUUAGCAGGAAAGGGGGCUCCUACUGCUCGGAUGGAGGGGGAGUCCUCCUCGCGUCCGGCCUUUUCCGACUGUCCUUCUGGGAGAGAUUUCUCUCCGUCUCCUCUUUCUUUCUUUUUCUUUCUUUCUCUCUCUCUCUCUCCCGGUAUUGUAAGUGCCUUCUAUAGUUCAAUAAAUGUUGCAAUGGUCACUCUUU